UAAAUCCUGGUGCUAAUUUGUGACCUCAAGUCCCACCCCCUCAUUGGAAGGCCAGCUCUCUGCUGAGGAAGCUGCUCCUGUCUUUGUGUGUGUUGUGUUUUUUUGCCGCCGUCCUUCCCCCUCCCCCCCUCGUGUUGUGUGUUUUAACGUAUACAACGAAGGAAAGAAGAAGUCGAAAGAGAGCUGCCUCGUGCUGAUGUCAGGAGAAGGGCUGGCUCAGAAGAGGGUGUGAUUGAGUUUGGCUGCGCUUCAGACGGCCCUCUACCUUCUGCUUCGAACUUCCAGUGUACUGAGACGGGCUGCGAAGAAGCAAGGCAUAAAGAGCGAGGACAUCAGCAUCAGCAUGUCGGACAGCAAGGAGUGGGCCACGCUUAGCCCAGAGGAAUUCACCCAGCUGCAGAAGUACAUGGACUACAGGAGCAAGAAAGUGCAGGACGUGCUGCAGGAAUUUUAUGGAGAGGGUAGAUUGUCUGAGCACCUGCAAGGAGAUACAAUAGACUUCGAGGGCUUCAAGCUCUUCCUGAAAACCUACUUGGAAACCGAGGAGAUCUCGGAUGAACUUUGCUGCCACCUCUUCAUGUCUUUCCAGACCACAGCAGGGCAAGCCACAGCAGAGCCAGGCAUGCAAUCAGCCAGUGGUUUUGUUUGCGUCAAUGAUGUCUCUUGUUACUUCUCCCUGCUGGAAGGUGGAAGGCCGGAAGACAAGCUGGAGUUUACCUUCAAGCUCUAUGACAAAGAUGGGAAUGGCCUGCUCGACAGUUCAGAGGUGGACCGCAUAAUCACACAGAUGAUGCGUGUGGCUGAAUAUCUGGACUGGGACGUCACUGAGCUUAAGCCAAUCCUGCAGGAGAUGAUGCGAGAGAUAGACUAUGAUGGCAGUGGCACAGUGUCUCUAUCUGAGUGGCUCCGUGGUGGUGCCACCACCAUCCCCCUCCUGGUGCUACUUGGACUGGAGGCUACCAUGAAAGAUGAUGGGCAGCACCUCUGGCGCCUGAAGCACUUCAACCGCCCAGUUUACUGCAAUGUGUGUGAGACGCUGCUGUUGGGGCUGCGCAAGCAGGGACUGCGCUGCACUUUUUGCAAGUAUACAGUGCACGAGCGUUGUGCCCGCAAAGCUCCACCAAGCUGCAUCAGUACCUAUGCCAAGAGCCGCUGUGACACCAGUGCACAAGCCCACAUUUGGGUAAGAGGCGGCUGUGAGGGCAGUAAAUGUGACCGGUGUCAAAAGAAGAUCAAGAGUUUUCAGAGCCUGACAGGCAUGCACUGUGCCUGGUGCCAUCAGAAGAUCCAUGACGAGUGCCUGUCUCUCAUGCCUUCAACUUGUGAUUGUGGGAUCCUCCGAGACCAUAUCUUGCCACCUUCGGCAAUCUACCCUGUUGUGCUGGAGCGACAGAACAGCCAGAAGAACGGAGUCUGUGGGACCCCUUCAGAAGAGCCAGCUCAGCCCUUCACCCCCCCUGAGGGGCAAGCAUUGCGGAUCAUCCCAGUGCCUGACACUCACCCGUUGCUUGUCUUUGUCAAUCCCAAGAGUGGUGGGAAACAGGGAGAGAGGGUGCUGCGGAAAUUUCAAUAUCUCCUCAAUCCACGGCAAGUCUACAACUUACAGAAGGGGGGCCCUGGACCUGGGCUGAACUUUUUCCGGGAUGUGCCAGAUUUCCGUAUCCUAGUUUGUGGUGGUGACGGCACAGUGGGAUGGAUCUUGGAUGCCAUUGAUAAAGCCAACCUCCCAAGUCAGCCUCCAGUGGCUGUGUUGCCCCUGGGAACAGGCAACGACCUGGCCCGCUGCCUUCGCUGGGGAGGAGGUUACGACGGUGAGAACCUGGUGAAGAUAUUGAAAGAUAUUGAGGCAAGCAGCAUCCUGCAGAUGGAUCGCUGGUCAGUGCAGGUGAUACCUGAUAACCGUGAUGAGAAAAGUGACCCUGUCCCCUAUGAGAUCAUCAACAACUAUUUCUCCAUUGGGGUAGAUGCCUCCAUUGCCCACCGCUUCCAUGUCAUGAGGGAGAAAUACCCGGAGAAAUUUAACAGCAGGAUGAAGAACAAGCUCUGGUAUUUUGAGUUUGCCACAUCGGAGACCAUCUUUGCCACAUGCAAAAAGCUCAAGGAGUGUCUCUCCAUCGAGUGCUGUGGGCAGCCUAUUGACCUCAGCGGAGCGCUUUCUGGGGUAGCUGUACUCAACAUUCCCAGCAUGCAUGGCGGCUCUAAUCUCUGGGGUGAGACCAAAAGACCUUUGGGGGAGGCAGCAGCACGAAGCACAGCGGGGGGAGCAGCACAGCCCCAGGUCAUCACUGAUGCUGAAACCCUGAAGAACUGUGUACAAGACCUUAGCGACUGGCGGAUGGAGGUGGUGGGCCUGGAGGGCGUGAUUGAAAUGGGACAGAUUUACACAGGACUGAAGAGUGCAGGGAAACGUCUGGCCAAGUGCUCCGAGAUCACACUGCGAACCCUCAAGCAUCUCCCUAUGCAGAUUGAUGGAGAGCCCUGGAUGCAAGCACCAUGCACGAUCAAGAUAAUCCACAAGAACCAAGCCCCAAUGCUCAUUGCGCCACCUCCCCGAUCCUCCAGCUUUUUUGGCCUCAAGAAGGGACCACAGGAGCCCUAAGCUUUCAGAAGCCAUGGGGAUGCUCCAUGAUGAAGCAACGCGAGGCCUGCUGCCGGGACGCCAGAUGUCCUGCACCGAAGGAGAAGUCCUGCUCCACCGUUGUUGCCACCACAUAUGACAACUUGAACAAGACCAGGCUUCUUGCUGCCAGGUCCAUGGCAAGGGGAGGGGCUGCUGCAGCCAGAGCCUUUGCUUCUACCACGCAGAUCAGCCUUGCUAACUUCCUGGACUGGGGUAGGAGAACUUGGGGCCCUUUGCAAUGCCUCUAUCAUUGGGUGUGGCCCCUUGGGCAGGCUGACUGCCUGCCUAUGCUCAUACUUUCCUACCUAAUUGUGUGGAUGCCAAAUCCUCCUGCACUGUCCACUGAAAGGCCCUGUAAAUUGUUGGCUCUUGCCCUUCUAAUUCUGCCCCUUGUAAAUUCUACCCCCUUGCACUCGAGGUAGCUACUGAAAGACUGUGGCAGCACCAGCUCGUCUCUCCUGCUUCUCCCUCCCCCCCCCACCCCCAGUCCCCUUUUAUUUAUUGCAACUCCAUUCCAAGUCCUCCACUUACAGAGUUAUCAGAAGUGCCUCAGCAUAGUAAUAAAGGGUUGGGCUUGGAUUCCCUUCCCUCCUCCUGUAGUAGCUGGUUUCCUUUGGAUGUGAGCAGACCUGGAGCCCAGGCCAUAAUGGGCUACCUGGAUUUAAGACCGUUCUCAUGAAAGAUGAGAUGGGCACAUGGCAUUCUGUUGGGGGUUGGGGAGGGGGGAGGAUGUGUUUGUACCUGCACACACGUGGGCACAUAUGCACACAAAAGAAGCCACCUUUCACUGCAAGACACAAAACAGUGUAGAACUGAGCUGCUGGCUCACCUUGCUGCUAGCGGACCAUGUCUCAAAACUACAGCCAUAUCUACACUGACAUAUAUAACCCUGGGGUGCUUGCACAGUUGCACUGAAACUUUGAACUGUGCAGCAAGACCAGCACUAAAGGCCCAAGCAAUUCACUGCAAUCAAGCAAAGGAUUCCAACUGCAGAUCGGCAUGUUUUCUGCUGCCGCUGCCACUACUACUACUCACAAUGAAAACCUUCACUGGAUUCCUAGCAGUGUCAGCAUUUGCUGCGCUUUUGCUCCUUUGUGGAAUAUACCGUCCUGCUCCCUCCUGCUGUGUACAAAGAGGCAGCAUAAGAUUAUGCAGAAAUAACUAAUAGGGUCAUGUCUGGUAUCGCAGAUUUACAUUCCUGAGUUUAACAACCCUUAGUCUGUAUAUGGACAAUUACAGCUUUAGGACAAUGGGAGCAACUUCAGCUAUUGUGGUGCUAGCCCUGAUCGAGCACUGUUAGCUUUAAAAACUGUUCUAGUGUAUUAAAGGAAGGAACAUGAGGCUCAGGUAGAAAUGCAGCACUAUUGCUGCGGUUAGAAAGACCUAUUGCUCUGUCUCCCUAAUUCCUAAAUGUGAGGCUCCUUCUCUAAGUCUCAUACAGGUCAGUGGUGUGGUGAAAUUAUCUAGAUGCAUUUGCUAGCACUUUAUUUGAUCUAUAGUCAAUGUUGCUCCCAAUAGAAACAUCUGGUGGUGGUUUUGUUCUUGUCAAACAGGUAGAAGAGCACAAGUAUGAAUAUGCAGCCAUUCUUUCACAUACCAAAAACAGCAAACCUUUUGAAAACUGUUUUGACAGCAUGCUAAGCUUUAUUUGGAUGUGGAAAGAAUAUAUAAUUAGUCCAAAAUAGGUUCUGGCACCCAGUCUUGUAGGGUUGAUCAUACUUCUGGAGAUUUAUUUUGGCUUGAUGCUGCAGUUUGACCACAGAAUAUAACUGGGCACAGAAAAGAGUAAAUAAACUAUUGCCAUGGGCAGUGACAGCUCUACAAUGCCAAGUAUCUUUACAGUUGUCCGUUUUAGAACCUCAGGUUGUAUUGAUGGUCAGGUGGGUGGAUCCAAAGAAUGAUCAGAAGGUCCCCAAUAUUGUUCUGUCUUUGAGACAUGUAACAGCCUUUCUCCAUUGCAAAGCACCCACAGAAGCAGCAGAGAAUGUAACAGAGGAGAUACUUAGCCUCCCCUGCUGGCCCAGUUUCCUCUGAAAUCCUCUUCUCCCUCAGCUGCUGUUAUCCCCAUGGUGCUCCAGACCUUUGGGUGGGGGGAGUUUCAAGGGCAAAGUAUUAGGCUCAGGAAAGGUUGAGUACUCUGUUCUUCUGUGCGUACGCAUGAGUGUACACACACUCUCUUUCACCCCCUUUUUCUAAGGCAAAGCACCGUCCUCCUGAUGUGCUUUGCAACAAAGAAAGGAACAGCAAGACUUUUAAAAUACACAUUAUUUAUAUAAUGUUGUUUGCCCUUCCUCCCCCCCAAACUAGUUUUGACCUGGAGAGGAGAUCAGUGGGGAAUGCUAUAUAUGGUGUCCCAAAAUUCCUUGCAGGAUAGGCAGGAUGCAAAGAUCCUGUCUUAAGAUCUGUCUAUGAGUGUCACUUUUGAACAGCCUUUUCAAGUUAGCAUUUUUAGUGCAAUAAAGGUGCAGUUUCUCACCUACUGCAUGGGAUCUAGAAGUCAUUCUUGAAGGUAGUAUUUAUCCGAGAGCCGUAUUAUAUUUUUACACAUGUGCACAGAGAGAGAGAGAUUGAAUUGUGUAGCACUGAGGUCAUUUGUUUAGGAACUUGUGCAAAGAAUAAAAACGCAGGAACAUAUGGAUAAGCCUUUAGACAUGUGUCACAUUUCACACAUAAAUACUUGUCUCAGGAGUGCAACUGCCAUGAGAGCUGCUGUUAGUAUUGUAAUGAGAUUGUCAGAGUAGGCCUGGGGAGAUCAAGGUCCAAGUCCUCCCUUAGCCACAAAGUUCACUGGGUGACCUUGAACCCCAUCAGCAUCUCACAGCCUAACCUACCUCACAGGCUUCUGGUGAGUAUAAAAUCGGAGGUGAGGAAGUUGUGUAUAUGACCUUGAGCUCCUUUAGGGGAUGGGCAAGAUAUAAAUGAUGGUGAAACAGAUUAAAAAGCAGCAUUCAUGUCCCCAGUCAGUUGCAAAAUCCUGGUAAAAGAUAAAUAGGUCAAAACAAGAACACCUUGAAAUAAGGGAUGCUGAAGUUUGUGUAAACAAGUGAUAUAACACUUUGACUCUUUGUGCAUGAUGGAGGUACUUUGAAGAACUAGCAGUCAUCGUGUUACUCCAUAGAGGUUUACACCAUUAGGGAUGGUUAUUUAAUAUUCUGAAAUAAGGCUUAGGUCCAAACACUCCUAUUCUCUAUUGAAAUUAUAGCAUCAGAAAGGUGGAGCUUGUCAAAGAACAUGGGGCCCUAUUAAUUAGCUGUAGUAUUGGGAGAGGAAACAGCUCAUUCCACCAGAAAGGAGGACCUGGUUCAGAGCUUCAUCUUGCACAGCUUCCUCUCUUGGGUGAUUCAGAUACUUUUUUCCCCUGUGGGUUGAUGGAAAAUUCUUUUUACCACUGUGAUAGCUUUAAGCUUGCUUGAACUCAAGCAAAUCUUGAGCUAGUGAAUUGAGGGGUGUCAGGCUGAGAGUCAGUCUGUAUGUAAAAGCAGGUGUGGAGAACCUCUGGCCAUCCAGAUGUUGAUGAGCUACACACACACCCCAGCCCUAGUAAGCAUGACCAAUAGCCAGGGAUGAUGAGAGCUGUAGUUCAGCAACAUCUGGAGGGCCAAAGGUUCUCCACAUCUCCUGUGUUAAAGAACAGAACUGCAGGGAGACCAGCCAAGGAAAUGUCCUUGCACCAAUAGGCCAGAGUGGAUCAGGUGAUGCUCCUGGGUCCCUAUAAAGGUUUUCAGGGUCAAGCUUGUUUGCUGAUUUAAGCAAUUAGGGUUGUCUUAAAUAAAAAAAAUAGUGGAAUCUUGGUGUGGGGAGGGGCUAGUCUUGCACUCUUUUUUCUUUUUAAAUGGAUAAGCCCACCUGAGCAUGGGAGGAGGGCCAUUACAUCCAGCAUCAGAUUUGAUGGCAGGCAGGCUCCCACUGCAACAUCAGAAAUUCUUGUGAGCUCUGUUUCCAUAUUAUAUCUAGCCUUCAGCAUAUCAGUUGCUCUAUGUCAAAUUACUGUACUAUGCUGUGUUGCAAGGAUGGGAAAUCUAUGCCUCUGUAGCUGUUCUUCCCAUCACCCCCAAACAGCAUGGCCAGUGGUCAGGGAUAAUGGGAUCUGUAGUUCAACAACAUCUGGAGGGUCAAAGGUUCCCCCCCCAUUGGUUUUAGUGAGCCAAGAGGCUUAUGUUAUAAUAUAUCACUCACAUCCCUGCAGAGAAGAGGCAAAUAAUUUUUUCCUUUUCCAAGCCUCUACUCAGAAAUGUAGGAUUACAGCAAGCGCCCUCUUCUGUUAGCCAGGAAGCUCCAUGGCACACUCCACAGAACACAUUCCCCAUAAAUCUGGGAUCAUGUUGCCUUUCUUUGUCUUGUCUCCCAUCUGGGGGGUGUUUUCAGCCAUGUCUGUGGCACCGCUAGAAUGCUAAACAUCUGCAGAUCUUCCUUUCUUGCUCACUCCACCUCAACCUAUUUGCACUCUCCUAUGGGCAAGGCACAGACACCUUUCUAUGCGAGAGUUGUAAUCUAUAAACCUGUUCCUCAAGGGGCAGCUUUCCUACUCCCCAGCGUCAACUGCCCACACAAGCUUCUGCUUCUUUCUUCCCAUUGCUCUGGUGUACUCUGUGGCCGCCAGUGUCUCAGUCUUGGCUAUGGUAUGCUUACUUGUUCCUGCUCAUGUCACAUACAGUACCAGAGAACCUGGCAAGCAGGAGCCCAUCUACGCAUGAUGUGGAAUAUGGUGUUACUUAAAGAGGUAGAAUGUGGAACAUAUCACUUCAGACAGCAAGUGAGGUGCCAUUGUUGCAUGACUCUCUCUCUCUCUCUCUCUACAUAAAAGGGUUGCAGAAUGUAGAAAACAGGCACAUAAUUAAGACCUUGCUGUGAUGCAUUCGUUUGUUACAUACAUAUAGGGGAGAUUCUCUAGGCAGGCAAGCAUUUUAAAAAAUGCCGCCUGAAGUGGUACCAUCCAUACUCCUGCCAACUUGUUCAACUCAAUGGGUAGAGCAACUUCAUGGCCAACAUACCGAUAGUCAUUGGGACUGGCUGGCGCUUGGGACAAGUGCUGGCCCCACGGGCAGAACAGGAUGUGGAGCUGGCCUAGGAACAACUGGUUUCACACCUCUGUAGUAUGUGGUAUUAUCCACCCAGGCAGGCACUGAGAUGGCAUCAUCAAGGAGACUUGAGUGUUUACUUUGCUGGAAAUUUUUUUAAAAAGAAAAAAACAACGUUGGGUGGGUCAGUUUAGGGUGAAAUAAUUGCAAGGGGAGGACGCUAUCUCCUUUCCCAGUGCUGGCUCUGUGAGGCAUCUGGAUCAGUAGUUAGCAAGGCCAGACAGGUCCUUUGGCAUUCAUCUCCAGCUUUAGAUCACAUUGCCCCUCAGCAGUGGGCUGCUUUCCCCACUGGCCUCCUGCCGAAAAGCUUUGUGUAGGAAGAGGUGCACAGUGGUACGAUCCGGUAACCAGCUCCUGGGAGAGGCUCCGGCUGACAUCACAGCAUGGAGGGGUGUGUAUUUCACAUGCCUGUAAUGAAAGAAGGUGGUGAUAGUGAAAGUGAAGGAAAGGUUUGGAACACAAAAAAAGCAUCUCACAGUUCUCUGACCUGGUUCAGGCAAACAUCUUCAUUUGGCAAAGUAGGUGGACUCCAACCACACUGUCUUGGUCUACUGUCUGAUGGUUGUUCAAAGUGACAGCCACAACAAAAAGGAUGGGAGUUUCAGGCAGGUGGGCACUAAUCAACCCAGCAAACUGUGCCAGUGAGAGCUUAAUGCUACUGAGUGGGCCAUUCAGUGUGGCUGGUUUGAGGUUGGGAUAGAAGGCUAAGGAUGGAGCACAUGGGAGGCGAGGUACAAUUGAGAACGAUGACAGGUGAACUACGUUAAGGUAGAAAUGGCCUGCAUGCAGCAGAAACAAGGUAGCAUGUAAUAGAAUUUACUUAGCUGAAGCUUUAGAGAAUAGGCUGACUGUCUGCACCAAAGCCUUGAAUGCAAUGAACAUUCAGCUUUGGGGGCUUUCUCUUUCCAAGGCCAUGGGCAAUCCCUUUGCUACUUCAUUGAGCAAGAUGGUAUAUUAUUUCUCUGUCAGUGCUACUGUGGAUGGCUUUGUUCAGGUUGCCUCACCUCUGUGAUGUAGUUUUCCCCAAAUGCAACUUGGAGCAAGUCAUUCACGGAGGAAUCAGGCUGAAGACAGUCCACGCAUCGGAAGAGCACACGCAUUGUGUGCGUAAGGGCCCAGAUUCCAUCGGUGGCACUUCCAGUUAAAGCAGGAGUGAGUGAUCUGUGGCCCUCCAGAUAUUUUGGACUCCAAAAUCCCAUCAACCAGGCUGGCAUGGCCAGUGGUCACAGAUGAUGGGAGGUGUUGUCCAGGAACAUCUGGAGGGUAACAGGUUCCCAACUCCUGAGCUAAAGCACAAGAAGCAGGGCUGAGGAAGACUUCUGCCUGCGAUCUUGGGGUGCUGCUGACCAUUAGGGUUGAACUAUAUAAUGGGCUGACUCUGUAUUUAGCUGUAUAUGUUCAAGAAUCCAGCCACCUCCCUGUGUAAGGUCCUACUCAAAUACAACAAGGCAGGGGUAGCCAAUGUGGUACCUUCCAUAUGCUGUUAAUCUACAACUUCCAUCACCCCUGGCCAUUAGCCAUGCUGGCUGAGGAUGAUGGGAGUUGUAGCUGAAGAACACCUGGAGAGCACCACAUUGGUCACCCCUGCAAUGAGGAUUUGAUUUCUUUUCAGAUACUUUCCCACUUCCCAGCUAGAGCAGGAUACGAUGAUGAUGGCAGGGCUUGGCAAAAAGCCCCUGAUUUCGUUCAGAGGCUUCCUCCUGCCCAGUCUCCUACAACUGGCACACUUUCUUACAGGUUAGGCAGAGUAGGCUUAGCAGGGCUGGGCAACGACGACUCACCUGUAGGUAUAGGCAACAGCAACCAAGGCAGAAGCAACCAGUACCACUCCAACUACCAAUGCAAUUUGAGCUGAGCCUGAAGUUGUUCCUGCUGGAGAUGAAAAGAGCGAGGAAUUAAUGUUUCUCCAUUCAGGGAGAGGAUUGGGCAGGAAGGAUGCCUUUUUCUUUGGAAACAUGGGAGGGCCAGCCCUUGGCUACCCCAGAAGGCCUCUCUGUACCUGUGCCAACAUGCCUGUGCCGUCAGAGAACACGAACAGAGAAACUACACCCGGGCCCCAGCUUUCCAGGGUGCUCAGAGCAGGGAGAGCCACACUGUUGCUGAUGCUAUCAGGAGAAAUUGAAGGAGAGUUGUCUCCCCUCACACACCCAUACCCACACCGAAGAAGCUCUUCUAAGCCUUGGCAGCAGAGAGAGCCCCAGCACCUUGGGCUCCCCAAAGCUCAGGCCUUACCCUGAAUGCUGAUUUGGGUGCUGGCUACAGCCAGGCUAUUAGCAUCAGCCAGCGAGAUGUUGACACAGUAGAGGCCAGACUGGUUGAAGGCCUGGCGCAAAACCAGCUGGCAGCUGGGGCUAGGCUGGGCCGGGCUGCACACCGUCUCCUGGGCCGUCAAGCACUCGGGGUCCGAAAUGGUUGUGCAGACUUGUUCAGGGAGGCUACAAGCAAGAUAAGGCGACUUACUCCAAAUGCUGGUGAAGGCCAGUCUUUCGCCGCCAGCUCCCAUGGCCACAGCAUUCUGAACCUCCCGCUUUCCAGGUUAUUGGCAUGCCUUCCUGGUAUUGCUUCAGCUUCACUGUAGCUACCUUCCCUCUCCCAGCUUCCUGAGGGACUGUCACACUUGUCCACCGCAUGCCCCGCAAGAUGGCCACGGCUCCCCUUGCCCUGUUCCUAGCUCCCUUUCAUUCCUCUCCAUUGGGCCAUGAGUCCCUCCAAAUCUCCUUUUUAUUGUGCAUUAUGGUGCUCAUGAUGAUAAUCGGGACGGUGAAGCCUGCUCCUGCUUUCAGUACUGUUUAGUGCCUAUACAAGUUUUGGAGUGGACAUACUCCUUUGUUUCCAAGUAGUGCAUGACCUGUAACCUCCUGCUGAAAUGCUGUAACUUUUUAUACCGCCAGAUGUUCAAUGGGGGUUGCGUUGGUUCCACUUUUGUGUUGUGCUAUAGAGGAAGAGUCCCCCUCCAGACAGCAAUCAUGCAGUUACACUGGGGAAGCACUGCAGAACAACUAAUAAAGGGGAACAAUAUGUGGACGGUCCAGCGUAAGUCCACCACUAACGUGCUACUAUUGUGUCAAUGACAUGUUGCAGAAAACAUACACCCACAAACACCAGGCUGGAGGGGGCCAUGUCUGUGCUCACCACGCGCUUCAGCCCAUCAUUUUUAAAGAAAAAAAUGGAAGGCUCUGGAGAUGCAACCAGGGAGGCUCCUCCUGCUUCUGAAACGUACCUUCCUUGGCAGGUCACGGUGAGAUCUACUGUGUUUUCAGCAAUGGCUGAUGCCAGCGGCACCACCUGCACAAUUUGCACACCCUCAAUGCCCUCUGCAAUAAAAGAACAAAGAUACGCCCCUUGUAUCCUCUCAUUCCCUAGUUCUGACACGGGUCUCAGACACACCCCUGCCGACAAUUUUCUCCAGCAGCGAGGAAAGAUUUGGAGGCCUUCUACAGCUGGUCUGCAUAUAUUUUAACAUUUGAACAUCCAACAGGAGAGAGAGCAAACUCAGGAUAGAGGGAAACAGGCCUACCGGCAAAAUGGGUACAUUUUGAGAUUAUUAGGCUUUAGAAUCAGAAUGUGGAAUGGAGUUGGGUUUUUUUUGCCUCUGCUGCACAUCCUUGUCUUUACUUCUAGCCACAAACAUGUUCACUUGGUUAUCCUCCAUCCUCUUCUGGCAAGCUCAACACUCGUGUCACAUUCUAUUGGUGGAUGUGGAGCUGUGGGCCUUGGUGCCUGCUGCUUGGUCUGGAGCAAUGGGAGGGAGGCUUUUUCAUUCAGAAACUAGAAGCCUUUACAUAGGGUUUAAAUCAGAGACAAGGGCCCUGCAAAUGUUGUUGGACUCCCGACUCCCAUCAUCUCCAGCCAGCAUGGCCAAUGGUCAUAUAUGAUGGGGGAGUGGUCCAGCAACACCUGAAGGGGUGGAGGUUCCCCAUCUCUGUUUUAAAUCCAUCUGACCACCACCUCCUUCCCUGAAUAGUGCCUACCAGCAUGAACACUGGGCUUUAAUUGUCAUCCUUAUGUAUGUUGAACCACCCUCUCUCACAUACACACACACCAUCCCCAGGACUCACGGACAAUGUCCAGAUGAGUUGCAAAGGUCCCAUAGCGGUAGAGGAGGCAGCCAGCAGGUGCCUGGCGUUUUACCAAGAUCUGGAUCAUUUCAGUCGCAACUGUUCUAGUGUCAGGCAAAACAGGCAGUUCGAUGGUUGCUGAGUCUUCAACGGUGUCUGUUGGGAAACAAGGCCUAAGGAGUAAUCAUGCCUGCUUUCUUCCCCCAUCUCCUUUACUCCAUAGCCUCAUCCUUCACACCUCUCAAAAGUAGGGGUUGCUGGUGGAUAAUAGCCGCAGGUACUUUGGCCUGACUCGAGAGCUGAGUGAGAUGACAAGGGCCCUGGGUUUGCAGCCUUAAAGAAAGGCUGCAAACUCACCAUAUAUUUAAAGCACAUCCCUUCCCCACCCACCCCCCCAAAAAACCUGGAAAUUGAUAUUUGUUAAGGGUGCUGGGAAUUAUAGGUCUGUCUGGUGGUGAACUACAGCUCCCAGGAUCCUUGGGGGAAAGCCAUGUGCUUUAAAUGUCCAUUAAAUAUAUAAUUUAUACACAGCCAAAGUGGUCUCUCCUCUCUGUCGGGAAGAUCUGCUUUCUGCUGAGAGGCUACAAGAAAGUAUAUAGGUUGAGAUGGGUAAGAAGGAUGAAUGGGUUCAAAGAGGACAAUCUGAAAGGGAAGCAGGGCAUAGGAUUAAUAACAGGAACAUGAGAACUGAUCAGCAUGGUAGGAGCUGGUGUUGGCAGGGAGAUGUGCCAUCUUCAAUGUUCAGCCUCAGAUUACAUCUCUGCAAGGAACUGUAUUGAUUAGGGGAGACUUUGCAGUUUAUCUGGAUCAUCAGCAGAAAGGUGGACACCUCUGGUCUCUUGGCUGAGACCACUCAACCACCACCCACCUCCUACAAAUUGUCUUCCAUUCCUGUCUUCACUGCCCAUUUCCCAUUCUUGAGCCCCCAUUAGAAUUCUGCCUUCUGUGAGGUCACCACUGCAAGCCAUCCUCCAUUUCAGGUAAAGAUAAAGACAGCCACAAUCAAUAAGCAUGCGUGGAAGCAUUAGAGGACCACGCUGAAUCUCAGAGAGAUGAGGGACCUCCUGCUAGACCUACCUGCUGCUGCUGGAGAGAGAGGAGUGUCAGCCACACUAGGGAGUGUUGAUGCCCCAGGAAGCACAGCUGUAGGUGCCUCUGGAGACAAAACCAUGGGUGCCAGAGUGCUUGGGUCAUUCUCUAGUGCCAUUGCAGAUGAAGAAUCAGGGGCCACGGUGCCUGGUAAAGAUGCAGACAUCUCUGCAGCAGACAUGGACACUGAUGGUGGUGCUGUGGUGCUUGGGAGAGAUGCAGGCCCUGCAGCGGCUACAGAUACAGGGUCCAUAGUGCUGGCAGCAUCUUCAGCUGAGGUAACAGAGGCAUCGUUCACAGGUUCUACAGAAGCAAUGGCUAAAUCUGCCCCUUCAGGCACAGCGCUGACUAUUGUAGCGGGUGCUGCAGUUGCUAAAGAACUGGUCUGAGGUUGCUGUUGAGUUGGGAGGGCUGAAGUUCCAGAGGCUGGGGCUACAAAUGCAGGGAGGGAGGGUAUGGAGAGACAGAGCUGGAGGUAAUAUGGUAUUAUACAGCCAUGAGAGUAGCUGUAUACUACAGUCAGCAUGGAUUUUUCGCGUUCUGCAAUGUUAAAUUGAAAAUACCCCCAUGCCAUUCUGAUGCUUCCCAUAAACACAUUUCAAAACAAAACCUUACAAAACAUAUAGUCCUGAACUCAAACACUUGCUUAACAACCCUCUAAAUUUUCAUGGCAAUACACAAAACAGUCGGAGAGAAUCGAGAGUUCAAAGUGUAAAAAGAGAGAGAGAAAAAACCAGACCCCUGUUAGACUUUUUUCUGUCAAAGGUCUCCUAAUUUAUUGAAAUUAAUUAAAAAUGAACCAUGUUCACAGAGUACCUGUAAUCCUGUAAUUACUGACCUUGCCCCAUAUUCUGAUCUUCAUCUUCUGCAGUUUAAAAGUUAAAAAAAUGCCUGGCUGAUUUUUUAAUUAAUUUAAGAAAUGUAGCAUUGAACUCAAUGAUAAUGUUGGGCAUACACAGUAUGAACCAACUGUCAGUGUUCUAAAAGCCAGACCCACAGCUGCUGGGCUUGCCUAAUCAGGGGGCCACACCCACACCAGACUUUGAUUUCACGUGAGACAGUCAUGGCUUCCCCCAAAGAAUCCUGGGAAGUGUAGUUUGUGAAGGGUGCUGUCGGGAUGCAGAAUUGGGGCCCUGUUGUUUCAGAAGCAGAGGAGGAGGAGGAGAUCAGUUGGCCAGAGUUGUGUGAAGAAGAGUCAGAGGAAGGGGGGGGAAUCUCAGAGAUAGAGCCGUCUCACAGUGGAGACCUUGAAGAUUUCAGAGACAGAAGCUGUGCUUCCCACGCCUCCUCCUCUUUCUCAACUAGAGCAGCUGGAAAGGAAGGGAGAUGAAAGGGGAAUUCAACUCCCUCCUGAUCCAGGGAAAAGCCAGUCUGACGGUUUAAGCACAACUCCCCUCCCGCUUUCCCCCAUACCCGAGGUAGAAUCCUCAGAAGGGGAGGGGGCCGCGCUUCCCCCCUCACCACGUACAUGCAGACAGCAAAAGAGGGCAAGGGGGAGAGAGAGAAGGGGUGUGGACGAGAGUGCAUUGAGGCGGAGUGAGAGAAUUUGCACCAGAAAGGUCCCCUUUUAAGAGAGGGGGAGGGAAGGGAUUCCUUGUUCUGUCAACUCUCUUACACGUCGCAGGAUAUGUGUAUUGUGUUGCUUCAUGAGAAGACGCAGUUUUUGUCUGGAUAUUACUUUAAUAAAAACUGAAUUGCUUUCA